AUGGGAGAGGAGAAGCAAAGCGAGGAAGGGACGAUGACCGAGAAAGGGGUCGUCGAGUCGCCCAUCCAGAACACGUACAGCUUCUGGUACAUCAAGCGGAACACUGGCAAUAAGGCUGUUAGCGAGAGCUAUGAGAAGAGCAUCAAGGGACUGGGUAACUUCAAGACGGUGCAAGACUUUUGGAAGAUCUACAACCAUUUGGUGCGACCGAAUGACCUGCCGAAUACGAUGGACUACCAUUUGUUCAAGACCGGCAUUAAGCCUAUGUGGGAAGACCCGGCCAACCGACGAGGCGGCAAGUGGAUGGUGCGUCUCCGCAAGGGCAUUGCGUCGCGUUAUUGGGAAGAUCUGGUGCUGGCAAUCGUUGGCGAGCAGUUUGAUGUGGGCAACGAAAUCUGCGGCGCUGUGAUUUCGGUGCGAUACAACGAAGACAUCAUUUCACUUUGGAACCGCAACGCUGACAACAAUGAGGCGUGUCACCGUAUACGCGAUACGAUGCGAAAAGUGCUGAAUUUGCCCCAGUUUGUGGCACUGGAGUACAAACGUCAUGACACGUCACUGAAUGACAACUCCAGCUUUCGUAACACGACCCUGUGGCGCUCAGACAAGAGCGAGGGUAACCACCGCGAUGUGACCUCGGGUGGAGAACGUGCACCAACGGGCUCUCGUGUUUCUCGCGACAAGUCUUCUGGCCACCAAAGAUCUGCGUGGGGUCGCGAGAGUAAGCGCACUUUCUUCAGGCCGGACACGAACGAGUCUAGCAACCAGCGCAGCAACAGGUCGAGUGACGACAAGGUUGAAGGCGAGCAUUAG